AUGCCUUUGCCUUGGAAGAAAUCGAAAUCGGGUCGGAUCUCGAGAUUUGUAUCGGACCUCCAACAAUCUCCAAAACACGGCGGAUCUCUCGUUGUCGAGACUGGAUUCCCGACUUCUCUAAUCGAUCUCUUCGUUAAGAAUCGCGAUCGUCUCAAGAAAUCUUCUUCAAAACGCAGCAGCAACAACAACAAAGCCCAGACACAAACCGCUCCGAUACAUUCCCUUCCUCCACGACGGCGCGUUUCGUCUCCGCCUCCUCCUGUGCAGCGGCGUAGGUCGCUUCCUCAGAAGCUUGAUACAGCGUCGGUUACGGAAGAUCCCGCGACGAGUAAGAUCGAGGAAAGUUUCGUCGGUGGAGGUGGCUCAACCUUCGAGAAUAGGCAUGGCAGUGACGACGAUGGCAACGGCGGUAAUCGCGGCGGAGGAGGAUGCGUUCUCAUGGUGGUGGUGGUUAAGGUUUUCGUGGUGGCUGUGCUCGCCUUAAGCACGAAAAGGCUCGCCGUGGGAAUCACUAUCUCCGCAUUCGCACUCAUUUUCCUCGAGCUAACGGUGGCGCGUGUCUUCACGCUCCUCAAUCUUUGCCCCGGCGCGCAGGUUCGGCUCGAUUCGUUGAUCGGAAAGCUCAUAGGGAAGCGGCGGCAAGAUAAGCUAGAAGAAUCACCAUCGACGCACGAGAGAAGAAGCAAGGUCUCUUUUGAAAUCGUCGAAAGUUUCGAAGAAUCGAGAGAUUGCAUUGAGGAAACUCGAGUUCCUCAAUCGGAGAAGAAACCGAACUGGGAGGAGUCGUCGACGUUGGAUAAGUCAAAACCGGUGGCGGAGGAGAAGAAAGUGCAGACGAUUAGAGAUGUGGUGUUUACGAAGGAGAAGAGUAAAAGCGCGAAGCUGAAAUCGAAGAUCGUGAAGAAAAUCGUGCCGAAGAAGUUAAGAAAUUAUAAGAAGAAGAGGAAGAUGAAGAUCAAAGAAAAAGAGGAAGAGGAGGAGAUUGAGCUAGUUGAAGAAGAAGGAGAAGAGGAAGAGUCUGUGACGGAAGUGUCGAGUUUGUAUUCCGAGGAGAUAGUCGAGAGCGAAAUCUCUGAAAAAGAUGAGAUCGGUUCGAAUCCGCCAUUGUUGGAGAGCUGUGAAGAGGCUGUCGAAGAGGAAGAAGAAGAAACUGGAUCAAAAGGGGAUCUAACGAAAGCGAUGGUUCUGAUAGUGAUUGCUCUUGCUGGAUUGUUAAGCGGGAAAGUCGUAGCUAUUGGUCUGACACUCUCUUGGUGUCUGAUUCUGAGAGUUGUCUGCUGCAAAUCUAAAAAAACCAGUCUCUGA